CAGUAGUACAGAGUUCCGUUGUUUGGUUGAUGUGCCUGGCCAAAAAGUACCUCCCAUUGCUAAUGGUGAAAUGGCCAAGUAUUUGAAGAAUGUGGUAGCUCCACAUCUUCCGCCUCAGCUUCAUGAUGCUUUCAUAUUCGCUAUUGACAAAGGAAAUAUUAGAACUAUGCCGAAUAGAAGCAUGCCAGCCAAUCCACAGCCUACUUCCGGAGCUCUUCUAAUCGGUGAUGCUUUCAAUAUGCGUCAUGCUUUCACUGGUGGAGGAAUGACUGUGGCACUGUCUGACAUUGUUGUAUUGAGGGAUCUUCUUAAGCCAUUGCAUGACCUAAACGAUGCAUCUUCAUUAUGCAAAUACCUAGAAUCCUUUUAUACCUUACGCAAGCCAAUUGCUUGUACAAUAAAUACCUUGGCAUGCAGAAGCCCUGUACAAGGUGUUCUCAGACUCUCCUGAUCAAGCAAGGAAGGAGAUGCGCCAAGCAUGUUUUGACUAUCUAUGCCUUGGAGGUGUCUUUUCAACCGGACCAGUGGCUUUGCUCUCUGGUCUAAAUCCUCGCCCGCUGAGUUUGCUCUUCCAUUUUUUUUUUUUUUUUUGUCUGUAGCGAUAUAUGGCGUUGGCAGUUUGCUCCUACCAUUUCCUUCACCGAAACGCAUGUGGGUUGGAGCAAAAUUAAUUUGGGUGGGUUUCUCUGCCCCUUAAUUUACCUUCAUCUCAUUGUUUUCACAAUAAUUCUAUAGAAUGUAAAACCAUUUGGUUAGCUAGGGCAAGUACCAUACGUUUCAAAGUGAAAGCUGAACUUUCGAUCAGCAGC